AUUUUUCCAUUCUCGUUCUUUCUACUCCGGCAACUGAACGCAGAAUUUGGAUCUACUUCUAUAGUUGGUAGCUUUUGAUCAAUCAACAAUUAACGCAGGAAUCAUGUCUUACAACCGAGGAAUAAAGAGAGACAACUUUGGAAAUCGUAACUUCAACAAUCGGAACAUGGGAGGAGGAGGAGGUGGUGGUGGUGGUGGUGGAGGAGGAGGAGGACGCAUGGGUGGAGGAAAUAUGGGUGGAGGUGGUGGUGGUGGAGGUGGUAUGAAUCCUUGGGAAGGUGGAAUGAUGCCAGGACGUGGAAUUUUGCCAACUCCUAACAAUAAUAACUUGAAUUUAUCAUCACCACAAGCCCAAUUAGCCAUUGCAAGCAAUCUUCUUUCCAAUCUGCUACGUCAACAGGAACCUCAACAGCAGGUACCACCAUCUUUGCUGAGCUUAGGUAAUAACUUUAGUGGCCCUGGACCAAAUUUUAAUAACCAGCAAAAUUUCAACCAAGGACGAUUCAAUGAUCGAAAUUCAAUUCGUCCAAAUAUGAAAAAUCAACGUCCCCAGCCUUACAACAAGAUGGGCAAUCGCCCCCGAGAUGGAGUUAUUGGGCGACGUGGCCCGCUACAAUCUCGUACUCAAUCAGGCAACCAACGCCAGAAUGGAAACCAAAUUCAGCGGAACGAUAAGUCUUUUAAAACCAAUACUGCCUCUAAGCAAAAUCAAAGCAUCAAAAAGGAACAGCAGGAUAAGACCUCUGAUAAGACCAAUGAUAAAGCAGAAGCGCCUGUCGCUUUAAGCGAAGAAAAUGAGGAAAGUGAAGAAUCCAAGAAACGUGAAUGGAAAGAUGAGAAAAAAGAACUCACCACCGAUAAAAAUGAUGAUGAAUCUGCGAAAAAUGAAGAAGAAGGCGGCGAUAAAGAAGGAGAUGGUGAUAAAGGUACAGGUAAAAAAUCUGCUGCCAGACAUGCUGAAAGUCGUUAUUCAGAGGUCCCGAUCAGCAAUAUGUUCUGCCAUGUUUGUAAUAAACAUAUGUGGGAUGGAUUUUCUUUCGAAAAUCAUCUUCGAGGUCGCGCGCAUCAAUUGAUGAUGGAAAAGCUUGAUGAGUCUUAUAAGCUGAAAGUAGAGUUGAUGAGACAUGAACUGAGAGUUGCUGAAGAACAACGAGAACUUAGUUUAAAUAAUUCAAAACGACGGGGAAAGAAACUUUCGGUUGAUUUGAAUGUCCGAGAGUAUUGUACUAUGUGUGACUUGAAUUUUUACGGUACUUUAUCCGCUCAUCGUAAAAGUGAAAAACAUCAACAGCUCAAAACAUUUUUGCAUCCUCGUUGUUUCCCGUGUGCUAAGGAAUUCCCAUCAAGAAUUGAGUAUGAUGAGCAUUGCCUCACUCCUGCGCAUAUGAAAAAUGCUGUCCAAAGUGAAGAGCAAAAGAAAAAUAAGAAAAAAGAUAAACUUGGUAAAGGAGAAUCAGAAAUUCGUACUGCAGAAGAUGAAGAGAAGGAUGUUGGUACUGAUACUAAAUCUGAUAAGCCUGAGGAAGUUUCUGCAGAUUCUUCUGACUAUAUCACUGAAAUUCCUGAAAUAGUUGAAGCUAAACUGAAGAUUCCAUCAUACAAACACUGUCGAGCAAAUCAAUUAUCAGUUGGUAAAUCUUUAGUGGCUGAAGUUACAGGAUAUCACUGCGACAGAUGUCGUCGUUUCAUGCUCACUGAAGAUGAUUUAACUGCUCAUUUGCGAAGUAUUACACAUUAUCGUAGUUUCAUUCAAGAAAUAAAAACUUUGCAAGCUGCUGUUGAAAAUGCUAAAACUGAGCACGAUAAAAAGGAGGAUAAUGAUCAGACCGAGCCAACAGACGCUGCUGAACCUGACAACAAACGCCCUAAGCUCGAUGAAAAUGCAACAGAUGCUUCUACAAAUGAUGUAGAAGAGAAAAAUGUAGAAGAAAGUGAAAAGUACGAUCCCGCUGAAGCCAAUGAAACAGAUGAAGAAAAUGCUGGAGAUGAAAAUCAAGAGACUCAAAAUGAUCCUGAAAUUUCUCUUAAUGAUGAUAAUAUUUUAGAAGAUAGUCGUGAUAAUGAAGAGGAGGAAGAGGAAGAGGAGGAGGAGGAGAAGAAAGAAGAAGUUGCAAAGACUCCCCAAAAUAUUACACGAAACUCCAGUCAGCCAACUCCAGUACGUGGUGGUAUGAAUGUUCGUGCGCGUGGACAACGUGCUAGAAGAUCCCGUCGAUAA